GUAAGUCGUAGUUGAACCAAGGAGUAAUCAUGUGUGGGAAUUAUUAUUAUUUAGCUUUCUAUUUAGUCUACAUUUCUAUUGCAAGUACAAAUGGCAUAUUCCGUUAUGACUACACAUACAGUAAAGAGGCAGGAGGAUGGCUGAAGCUGCACCAAGCACCAGUGACGUUUACAGAAGCAUUUCUACGCUGCGACCUAGAAGGUGCAGUUCUGGCAUCGCCGCUGAAUGCAAAUCUCCAAGCAGCUAUGAUAGCAAGGAUGACGGCGGGAGCUAGCUGUGCUAGUCGCGUCUUUACGGGAUUCCACGCCACAAUUUCCAAAGGGGACUUCACAUCUAUCGAAGGUAUCCCGUUAGCAAAGAUCCCCGUGCAAUGGGCCAUGGACGAACCUGACAACUUCCAGAACCAGGAAUAUUGCAUCAUCAUGCUGCAUAACGGGACGCUGGCUGUUACGCGGUGUAAUGAGACGUACCCAUACGUGUGCUACAAGAAGAAAACCAAUAACCCUGUGAUGAAUAAAAAUUGCGGCACUGUCGACACUGCUUAUACAUUUGAACAAAGCACUGGUAGCUGCUACAAGUUUCACCACUUGGGGAAGACCUGGUGGCGCGCGCAGAUGACCUGCCUCGCGGAGGGCGGCUAUCUGGCCAUCCUCAACAGCAAUCAGGAAGCCACAGUCCUCAUAAACCUCUUUGCCAAAUAUCCAGCCAACACUAUAAAUUUGAACAAUAAGGACGUUGUUUCAGUUGGAUUUCUUGAUUGGGAUCAAAAUGGCACUUGGUACACAGUACAUGGUCAGAGUAUUGAAGCGGCAGGGUAUGCGAGGUGGGCGGACAACCAGCCGUCAGGCUCCAAUUUAUUCGGCGGCGCCUACUGCGGGGCCAUGGCCCGCACCGGCCUGUUCGACGACAUCUGGUGCGAGUCUAUUCCUUUUGCUUUUAUAUGCGAGAAGGCCCCAGAGAGUCUAGUUCCCAAUUACGAAGAACAUGAAUAGAAUAGAAUAAUUGUUUAUUUGGAUAAUACAUUAUAAACUUACAGUUGUUACAGCUAAACCAUGUUGUGCUACAUCUUGAUGUAUUAAUAUUGAAACAAAAAAAGAAACA